AACGGCUUGCAUGCAUGACCCUUUUAAGACGUGUUGCCCCUUUAAGAUGUGUUGCCCUUUUAAGUCUUAUCGCCAUUUUACCAUUGCGCAGCAGUUGAAGAGAAGAGACAUUUAGCCGAUCCAAUACAAGCAUAAUAUGUGUGCGUGCAUCCUAAAAACCACACCUGUUAUAUGCUAAAUGGGAAAGUAAAGUCCUCAAAGAAAGAACUGUUGUUGACUGAGUUCCUGGGCUCUGACCGGCCUACCAGUGCAAGUGAUCCCUUCCACAGUCUUUUGAUAACUCACAUUCCAAAUCCUACAAAAUGGUCCUUCGAGCCGAAUGAUCACUUCUCUGGAUUAAGAUGUCAGCCAGUUCUGAAACGGUAAACCCCUCGGUUCGCACAAAGCGCCAUCCAGCCUAUUUACAAGAUUAUGAGGUGGACUUGCAGAGCUUCCAUAAAACAGUGUUACCAGUUAGUACGAGGGAACAACCAGUGGAGUCAUCUGAUGACGAUUACUCUUCGCCACAGGUUGGAGCAUCUGCUGCAAAGCCUAAGAGAGCACAUGGUUUACCCACCUUUUCUUCCCCGUCGAGGCUGACGGUCAGGGAUAAGCAUUGUGACCAUCCACGUCUUCUGCAGCAGCAUAUUUCCAGUCCUGCCUACCAGUCAUCACCACAAUAUCCAAACCGACAGCUACAGUCUGAAUACGGUGCAGAGUUCGUUCCCCUUGGUGAUGAAGGUGAUGGAUACCAGAGUGACAGAUCAGAUGCUAGUUCCCUAAAGUUACAAAGGAUCUCAGAGGAGAAUUUAAAGCUUCGUGAAACACAGCAGGCCAUCCAAGCUGAUCUUAAACGAAUUGAGACCGCCAAAGAUGAGCUGAUCCAGCUUUUAGACAGAGCCUGUAGUCUCCAGAAGCCUUUAUCUAUGUCCAACACCCGUUCUGAUUAUCCAUCAGUUAAAUUCCACGAUGAAGCAUAUGCAGAUGAUGAAGACUGGCCAGAGCCUCCUCCACCCAUUUCAUACGAUGAGCCAGAAAAUAUAAAUCAGUGCGGCAGGCAAAGGAUUAAGAGCACUACAAGAGCCACACCAACAAUCACUCCUAGACUCACUUCUGUUGAAAAGACUAGGGAUUUCGGCUAUCCAAGUUCAUAUGAUAACCAGUUUAGGUAUGGCCAGUAUCCUGCCCGACAGAUAGGUCCUCCAAAUGCACAUGAACAACCAGGAAGUCUUUAUCCUGAACAACACAGGACAGUUUCCUAUAAUGUGUCACCUCCCAUGGCAUCUGUGGAUCUGACAGAGAAAUAUUACAAAGGUCCCUCGCCCACCAUUCCUUACUUCUGCACCAAAGACCCAAGUGAGUUUGCUCGAUUAAAAAUAGCCUUGGAAAAUCUUCUGCCACCUGAUAGUACUGAGAUGUUCAAAUAUCAAGUACUGGUUGACCACUUGAAAUUAGACGAUGCUUGUCUAAUAGCAGAUUCCUUCUUGCACUCCCCUACACCUUAUCGAGACACCAUGUUGGCCCUGAAUGAGCGGUUCGGUCAGCCUCACCAAGUAGCAUUAAGAAGGAUUGCCACUAUUCUUGAUUCACCUGAUAUAAGCCGCAAUGACCCUUCAGCCUUUGAGAAGUUCUCUCUUCAAGUGCAGUCUCUAGUUGGGCUGCUUAAGACUUUAGGCCAGACAGGGAGCGUUGAGUUGUAUUGUGGGUCGCAUGUUGCACGCCUUCUCAAUAAGUUGCCACCUGAAAGACGGGCUGAUUUCCGCCGCCACAUGUUACAUCGGCCUGGGGUGACAUACUCAUUGGUAGAUCUGGCAGAAUGGCUGAAAUAUGAGUCUUGGUGCCAAAGCUAUGAUGAUCAAACUGCCAAGGGAGAAAGCAGAGCCAAACGAGAGUUCCGAGUAGCUCCACGAGCACGCCAAACCACUGCCACAGUACUGACUGGGUCUGGAAAUAGUGUUGAUGUGAGAGCCACUGCAAAUUCUCCUGCCAAGGUUGAUGAGAAAGCUAAAGGUAGGCCCAUGGUAUAUUGCUCUUACUGUCAGAACUCUGAACAUGCUUUCAGUCAGUGCCCUCAAAUUCCGACCCUCACCAAAGAUCAACUCUCAGAGUGGAUACGAUCCAAUAGGAGAUGCUGGCGUUGUGGUCUUGCCCAUCAGGCUGCCCAUUGUGGUCUAAAGAAACCAUGUCCACUUUGUCAAAGGAAGCAUCUACGAAUCCUCCAUGAAGUAAAUGAGAGGCCUGUCACAGUGUCAUCCAAAACCGAGGCUUGCCUAGUUAGUUCAGCGACACAGACACUUUACCUGAACAAACCAGUCAGCAGUAAUAAAGUUUUGCUCAAGAUUGUCAGAGUACUCCUACAUCAUGGCAGUUGCACAUUAGACACAUUUGCAAUCCUUGAUGACGGUUCUGAGCGUACCAUGCUUCUGCCAGAUGCAGUACGAAAGCUUGGCUUGAGAGGUACUGAAGAAAGCUUAGCUCUGAGAACAAUCCGUCAUGAUGUGCAAACCCUUGAAGGGGCUUCAGUCUCAUUCCACAUUUCUCCAUACUACAAUCCAAAGAAGCGAUAUCUGAUAUCCAGAGCCUUUACUGCACCACAGCUUGAUCUCAUUGAACACUCGUACCCAAUAGCUAAGCUGCAAAGGCAGUACAAACACUUGGCUGGACUACCAUUGCAGAGCUUUGAAAAGGCCAAACCUCUCAUCCUUGUUGGCGCAGAUCAAACUCACAUGAUCACACCAAUUGAGCCAGUAAGACUUGGUCCACCUGGUGGCCCCGCUGCAAUAAGAACCAGGCUAGGCUGGACACUGCAGGGCCCUACCAGUCUGUUAGAGCAGCGACUCAAACCAAAGGAGUGUCUCCACAUAUCCCUUCCUCUUAGCACCACAGAAUUGUGCAAGAAUGUUAAUAGGCUGUGGCAAGUGGAUGUUUUGCCCUUUCGGAAUGAAACGGAGUGCACAAGGUUAAAGCAGGACCAAAGGGCCAUCGAACUGCUGGAAGCCAAAACAAUUCGCAUAAAGGUGGAUGGAAUACGCCGGUAUGCAACACCCUUGUUACGUAAAGGUGACAUGCCCCAUCUUCACGCCACUAUGGAAGCAGUCAUGCCACGCCUACGAAGUACUGAGAGGAAACUUGCCAGAGACCAGCAACAAGCUGUUGCCUAUUCCUCCGAAAUCCAGAAAUUGGUUCAGUCAGGAGCAAUCAGAAAGCUCAGUCCAGAAGAAAGAGAAGGAGGCUUUGAAUUGAGGCAAUGGGCCAGCAAUAUUCCAGCUGUCAUUAACCAUCUUCCACCUGAAGCAAGAUCGGAUGGGUUUGAACUCUGGCUAGCCCAUGAAAAGACUGAUGUCCAAGAGUCCACAUUGGGCCUUAGCUGGAAUUGCCCAGCAGAUGUUCUGACUUACCGUCACCGGCCCAUCGAUCAUGGGGCUCCAACCAUGAGGAUUAUUUAUAAAGUUUUAGCCAGUCAGUAUGACCCCUUAGGAUAUAUCCUCCCGUAUACUACAAGGGCUAAGGUGCUGGUCCAACAACUUUGGAACAAACAGCACAGCUGGGAUGAUACUCAACUUCCCCAAGCCUUGGUUCAGAGCUGGAAUGAAUGGGAAAGUCAGCUGCAGUUUCUUCACAAAAUUAGUUUCCCAAGAUCAUAUGUACCAGCUUCAGUAGAUCAAACAAGAUCUAUUAUAGACCUUCACGUGUUCAGUGAUGCUUCAGAGAGCGCAUAUGGAGCAGUCGCCUACCUGCGCACUGAAGAUCAGCAGGGUAAGAUCCAUCUGUCAUUCGUAUUGGCACGUUCUAGAGUAGCACCUAAAAGAGUCCUGUCAAUACCCCGCUUGGAGCUCUGUGCUGCGGUAAUUGGUGCACAGCUAAAAACCCAGUUGCAGAAGGAAUUAACAUUGCCACUUCGCCACACAGUUCUCUGGACAGACUCUACUACAGUGCUGUCUUGGAUUCAGUCAGAGUCUUGCCAUUUCAAGGUUUUCGUCGGUACCAGAGUGGCUGAAAUCCAUGAGCUUACCAACACCACCGCUUGGCGAUACGUGGAUUCAGCUCAAAAUCCAGCGGAUGACCUUACAAGAGGAAAGACUCUAAAAGACCUUGCUAAGCCAAACAGAUGGAGCCAUGGGCCCCCAUUCCUGCUCCUUUCCUCAGAGAACUGGCCAGCAAACCCUACAGAGUGCCCCGAGAUUGACAAGUCUGAGUUCAAGAAAUCCGCAUUCUGUGGAGUUGUAGCUGUAAACGGACAAUUUGGCAGUGAGUACAAGACCUGGACAGAGCUGGUGAAGGCCAUUGCACAGGAGCUACAUGGGGCGGCUGGAGAGUCAGGAGAACCUACAGCAAACACUUACCAAACAGCAGAGACAGUCAUACUCCAGAAGGUGCAAAGUGAGAGUUUUCCUGAAGAAUUACAACGGUUGAGAUCAGGCAAACCACUUCAACACAAUAGCCGCUUACUUACCUUAACUCCAGAAUAUGACACAUCGACCAAUCUAAUCCGGGUUGGUGGUAGGUUACGACAUGCAGAAACCUUAGAUCCUGCCCUGAAACAUCCAAUCGUACUAGAUUCUAGACAUCCAGCCGUGAAAUUACUUCUUCAAGAUUUUGAUGAAAGACUCUGUCAUCCAGGCCCUGAUCGGGUGUUUGCAGAAAUAAGGAGAAAAUACUGGGUGUUAAGAGGAAGAGCAGCCAUCCGCAUCUUACAGCAUGCCUGUACAGAAUGUCAAAGACUCAGAGCCAAACCUACCUUUCCCAAAAUGGCAGACCUUCCUGUGGCACGUUUACGCCUCUACAAACCAGCCUUCCAUUCCACCGGUAUGGAUUGCUUCGGCCCUUUCCUUGUAAAGAUUGGUCGACGAGUAGAAAAGAGGUGGGGAAUCCUCUACAAGUGUCUUACCACACGAGCCGUACACGUGGACCUGCUUAACAGCUUGGACACAGAUUCAUUUUUGAUGUCGCUACGUAGGUUUAUUGCUCGAAGAGGUUCCCCAGUAGAAUUACUGUCAGACCAAGGAACAAAUUUCCGAGGUGGUGAACGGGAACUGUGCGAGGCAUUCCAGGCCAUGUCACCUGAUCUCCAGCGAAAACUCGCACCACAAAAGAUAGCAUUCCAUUUCAAUCCCCCUGCAGCACCACACUUUGGGGGAGUGUGGGAAAGGGAGAUAAGAUCCAUUAAAAUGGCACUAUCUACAACUAUUGGGGACCAAACAGUACCAGAGGAAGUACUCAGGACUGUUCUGAUCGAAGUAGAGAACAUCCUUAACUCCAAACCCCUCGGGUAUGUGUCUUGCAAUGUGGCUGAUCCUGAUCCAGUAACACCCAACCUUCUUCUCACAGGGAGGCUAGACAACUCCCUACCUACAGUCAUAUACCCUAAAGAAGAGGGAUUGAGUCGUCGCCGUUGGAGACACUCUCAAGUGUUAGCUGACCACUUCUGGUCCUCUUUUAUCCGCCAUUACCUUCCGAACUUGCAAGUCAGACAGAAAUGGCAACAUACAUUCCCUAAUAUGACCACAGGCACAAUAGUCAUGAUAAUGGAUCCUCAUCAGCCCAGAGCCCAUUGGCCAAUUGGAAAGGUAGUCCAGGUGCACCCCAGUCAAGAUUCGCAAGUGAGAUCAGUGGAUGUCCAAGUUCAAGGGAAGGUUUAUACUAGACCUGUAGCUCGACUUGUGGCUCUACCCCCCAUUCCUGAAGAUGAUACAGAGGAGACCAAUACCCCAACGCAGCAGCAGUGACACACAUGCAACCUUCUCAAGUGUCAAAUUGAACACAAUUUGGGGGCGGCUGUACAAACGGCUUGCAUGCAUGACCCUUUUAAGACGUGUUGCCCCUUUAAGAUGUGUUGCCCUUUUAAGUCUUAUCGCCAUUUUACCAUUGCGCAGCAGUUGAAGAGAAGAGACAUUUAGCCGAUCCAAUACAAGCAUAAUAUGUGUGCGUGCAUCCUAAAAGUGAGUUGUUCUUGGUAAAUUAUGUUUAGUAUUGAGAUUAAGUUAUAAUCUUGCAGGCAUUUGCAGAUAUGAUAAUUAUUUUCGAUAGAUUGUGCGUGCAUAACCAGCGUUUGUUUACAAGCACGUUAUGUAUAUCUGCCGUGAUAUUUUACAAUCGCUUUAUCUCUACUGUUCUCAUGUUCUACAUUGAGAUAGAUUGUCUUUAGUUAAUCUGUCUGCUGUAAAUUGCAAGUAUAAGUGUGUUAAUGAGGAUUAUGUGGUAAAAUUACCUAUUCAGAUGCUAAUAUGCCAAUCCAUUGAGCUGUAGCAUUUCACUUAUAUUCAGUAAUAUUGCUAGUAAUGUUAAUUUGUUGGGUUUAAAAUCUGUAUUAUUCACCUUUUUUGUAUUUGUUA